GUAUUUCUGUCGUUGUAUAAAAUAUUAUUAACUAAUACUUUAAAAUAGCUUUGACUAGUUUACUGAAAUAUAUCUACCUCUCCCCUUUGCAAAAAUUGAAAUUAACAACGAGGCAAAAACAACAAUGCAUAAAAGUUCCUUCAAUUUACGAAGUCUCCGGUUAUCUCUGAAGUUCAGACCCGAAAUAUUGAAAUUAGUGCUAAAAAUGAGGCACAAAAUAAGGAAAAAAACAAGGCUUAUCAAAGUGAUGAAGCAACAAUUGAAAAAUCAGACACAUUCCACAACUGCAACUAUUAGCUCAAGCACACAGACGGAAAAUGACAACCUUCAAGACUUUGUUUCAAUCAAUAAUAAUUCUGACUGCAAACAAGCUGAUAACAAGCAACACAUCAGUGCCUUUACACAAACGGACGAACUCCAAACAGAUAAAUUAGAAAAUAAAAUAAAUGAAAACCAAGAUAAAGACAAUGGAGAUAAUUCAGUUACAGAAAGUUUUAAUGUUGAUAAAAAUAGUGGUUGGAGUUUGAAUAGUGAAGAGAAUGAGAAGAGUAUAGCUGAGCAAGUGAAAGAAGUAGCACAAAGUGCCAUGCAGCAGUCUGGGAUGGUUUUUGUGGAGUCUGCAGGAAUGUACUAUGAUUACAAGACUGGGUAUUAUUAUAGUGCUGACCUUGGCUUAUAUUACCAUCCUGACACUGGAUGCUACUAUCACUACUCAGAAGAUAAACAAACAUUUGAAUUCCACUCCUACCCUGACAGAAGCAAGACUGUCACUCACCCUGAGUAUGAAGCCCAUGAGAAGAGAAAGGCUCGGAAACUCAAGAAGGCAAGACAACGCGAAGAAGCCGACAUUGAUAACCUGACGAAAAAUCUAUCCCAGGGGACAGAAGAGGAAGGAAGCAAAGCCAAGCGAAGAAAGAAGAAUAAGAAAAUUUUAAAUGGUGACAGUGAUACCAAAGAAUCCAGAAAUAAAGCAGAAAAUGCAGAUGCAAGUGAAAAUGCAAUUGAUAAAGAGAAAGAAUCUGCUGAAAAAGUUGAUAUAUUUGAUGCUGAUAUGAAAGAAGAUUCAAAGAAGAUAGAAGAUGUCCAAGAUCUAGAAGAGGGAGAAUGCAGCGAUUCGGAGGAUGAAAAAGAAGACAAAAAGGAGGAGGAAGAAGUUGAAUCUGAUGAUUCAGAUGCUAGCAUGUCUACUAUUAGCAAUGAUGAUGAUUCGAUCGCCAGGCAUCACCCGCCGUCCAUGCGCGUGAUCGUGCGAGACACGAACUUGCCCAAACUGAAGGUGGGAACGUUGUUCCUGGUCACCAAAGAUGGCGGCACUGUCGGCAGAGAGGGCAGCAAUCACACUAUCCUGAUAGAAGAUUACAAUGUUUCAAGGAAUCAUCUGGACAUCAAAUACGACAUGACCAGAAGAACGUACACCGUUACAGAUCUAGGAUCUAAGAAUGGCACAACGCUCAACGGCGUGAGGAUAUCCGAGAGCCAAAUUGUUAGCGAGCCAGUUGAAGUAAUGCAUGGGAGUACUCUACAACUGGGUGAAACCAAAUUGCUGUGCCAUAUACACCCUGGAAUCGAUACUUGCGGGCAUUGCGAACCCGGUCUCGUCAUGGAAACCCAAGAAAAAGAGAAAAAAGCCGCUUACACUCGAACAUGCAGCGUUCAGAAACAGCACCAGUUAGAACUAGCACGGCUUAAGAACAAAUACGCACCCAAGCCUUUAGCUAUAGAAGAAACUGCCUACAACGAUAGGGCGAAGGAGAGGAGAGACAAAGUGGGAUCCUCCCAUCAUUCCGAGAAAACGCAGAGCGCCGAUUUGGAUACGUUUAUAGCUCCCGAAAACAAAGGCUUCAAGUUACUGCAGAAGAUGGGAUGGUCGAAGGGAGAGGGGCUCGGGAAGGACAGCCAAGGAGACACAGAGCCGAUUCCCCUGGUUGGCAACGACGGUACAUCUGGCCUGGGCACGGGGGCCGCCGCUGCGCCUUCUCUAGUCCCCAAGUUCGUUCCUAAAAACCUCCUCGGUACCUCUACGAUGAGACUGGCUGCCAAGACAAAAAUGCUUCAACCUCCCGCUAAAGCAUUUCAAGACCCAGAGGAAGAUGACUCUGGUGAAGAAUAACUUCUCCGGAAAAAGCCUCCUCCGGGUGCUCCUUUAAGAAGUGGUCUAAGUCGAACAAAUUUCAAUACAAAUUGCAAUUCAAUCCAGUAUUGAACUCUGAUACAAAAAUUGAUAACGAUUUUAUGCUACAUAAUUGUAAUAUAAAAUGUUAAUACGCACGUACUAAUUAAACAGUUUAGUACCUACCUAUGUAUGAUAUGUAUGCUGUAAAAAUGUAAUUAAGUAUUUAUUGAUAUUUUAUGUUAACCAAUACCAUUUAAAAUAUUACGUUUAAUGUCGAGCGAAAGAAUAAAUAGAAUAGCUACCUGUUCUAAACUUUGUAGUAAGUUCUGAAUGACUUACUUAGAGAAGGUUGCUCUGUUACUGUCUUAUGUAACUUAAGGUAAUAAACCAUAUUUUAUUAUUAUUAACAAUGAAA